AUGGACAUGUCUAAUGCACUCCGUGAAAAGCAGGCGAGCAGAUUGAAUGAAUAUCCAGACCCUUUACCCUCUUCACCACCUGCUGUGAGUGUAUCCCUGGAUGCUCUGCCUUCAUCCCCUCCAACCUUGAAGCCGAAAAAACCGCCGCCAGUUACCCCAAGGUCUUUUAAGCGAUUCUUCACUCCAAGAUCAUCCCUUAAUGGGUCCAAGACGCGGUCCAGCAUCCGUACUAGUCGUCAGAGUCUGAAGGAAUUAUUAACUCCCCCAUCAACAUUGAAACGCAACGGCCCGGCUUUUCCAAAUAUCCUCAAUGACGAUAAGAUCAUUGCUCAGCAACUCCAAGACGCGCCGCGCACCCCAAACAAAAAGAGAAAGCUCUCGUUUUGUACCUCUAGUCCACCGUUGGAGUCGUCCCCUUUGCGGAGGGUCCGGGUUCCUCCUACGAUCUAUACCGAUCCAAUUGAUAGGCAAGAAAAUGCGGGACAAUCAACACUUUCUUGCAAUACCAUUCUGGAAGAACCGGAUAUCGGAGAGCGGAUACCAUCGCCUAUACGACUCCGCCGGUCAAACGCCCUCCAGGCUGCAAGCCCAAAUUUUCUGCGCAAUAUAUCCACAGGCAGAUCAUCGAGGAUAACGCUCAGAUCACCUCCCGCUAGUACAGCUUGGCAAGAUGAAACGGCGAAUUUCUACAGUCGUCCAGAAGACCUCCAUCGAUGUUGGCAAGAUGAUCACCCUACGCUACCAUUCUGCACAGCAGCUUGCCACACGAACUCCUUAGUAGCGGUUGGGGACGAGGAAGGUGGCAUUCGUAUUAUAGAUACGGCAAAGGAGGAUAAACUUGGAUUUUCACAGUCUUACCUAACGUUCCAGCCUCAUAUGAACUCAAUCAUGGACUUGGAAUUUUCACCCGAUGACAAGCUCCUGGCAACGGGCUCGGGGGACCAAAGCUCCCAUAUCAUUGACAUGCCGACCCAAACAGCAGUUUAUUGCCUGUCAAAACAUUCCUCUUCCGUUAAGCGAGUGCAAUUCCAGCCUGGGUCUAAUGGGAACGUGGUAGCCACGUGCAGUCGAGACGGAACCGUGAACAUCUGGGACCUUAGAUAUAAAGCAUUUGAUAGGCCGUCGUUACAGCUGCGUUGCUCACUUGCUUCUGACGGCGACGACACAACGCGCUUGUCGACGGCGAAAAUGAAAUACGCUCAAGUAUCCAAUAGCAUCCGGGGCGCACACUCAGACAGAGCUCGGUCGAAAGGGCAAUCUGAGUCGCAGCCUUACCGGGAUGAUAUAUCAGUCACCUCGCUGUCUUUUCUUCAUCCGGGCCGUGAGCAUUUAUUUGUCUCAAGCUGCGAAUCGAAUGCUUGCAUUCGGCUUUGGGAUAUGCGAACUAGCUACUCCCUACGUCGAAAAAUGUCAACUCCCCUAGCGAUGACACAACAACCAGAAAGCCAUUCGCGGUACAGGCAGUUUGGCCUGACUUCCAUGGUGUUCAACGGCGAUGGAAACAGAUUAUAUACUUUAUGCCGAGACGGCACGGUUUAUGCCUAUUCAACUCCGCAUUUGAUCCUGGGAGGUUCUAACGAGCUGUCCCUAUCCAACCCGCCGCACCGGCGCUUCCCCACUGAGGAGGCCAAAUUUGGCCUGGGUCCGCUAUACGGCUUCCGCCAUCCUCGUCUUCUUGUCGCAACCUUCUUCGUUAAACUUGCUCUCCGCAAAGCACAAAACGAUAACACGGAGCUUCUCGCGGUUGGCAGCAGCGAUAAUUGCGCCAUCAUCUUCCCAACCAACGAGGGCUACUUCAACAGUUCCUCCCCGGCUCCCGAGUCCUCAUCAUCAACAGACGAAAUGCCCCAACCUCCCGUUCCCAAGGGAUUCACCAGCCGACGUAUCGGCCUACACCGAACUAAUUCAGGAACAAGCUUAUCAGGAAGAUUGGAACACAAUAUACCCAUAUAUCAACAUGGCACACCAUUGGUAGAAGGCCAUCAAAAGGAGGUUUCAGCAGUUUCUUGGACCAAUAAUGGGGAAUUGGUCACAGUGAGCGACGAUUUGCAUGCCAGAUGUUGGCGUGAAGGCCCCACUGCACGGAAUCUCAGAGUCGGUGGUGAAACAGAGGGUAGACGAUGGAACUGUGGGUGGGCAGAGGUGAACGACCCAGAAUAUGACGAAGAGGAGUGCUGA